CGAACCGGCCGGUUGUACGCGCCUGACGCUCACUCGGUGACGUUCGGCCCCGGACUCGGCAAACGAAAGUGUGGGUGGGGGCCUCUGGUACAUUAUGUGUGCUGGCUUCGCUCCUUGAGUAUUCGUCUCGUCGGAAGCACUUGCCACCUUCUCUGCGCAAAUUUUUGUCCUGUGCCCUUCCGCCUCCCAACCCCCACUCCCCCCCCCAAAAAAAAAGUUUCGCACCGAUUUACCCGUAGCGCGGCGACCUGCACGCGUUGUUGCGACUCCGCGAUUGGGAUCUUCCAAGUUCGGGCGCGCACGCAUCGACGACGCAAAGAUACAGAUGCACAGGUUCGUCUCUGAGUCGUGCCCCGGAUAACUGACUUCUUGGUGGCCGACUCAUUUGCCCCGGCCGACGCUGACGACGCUUGACACCGAUGCAUCUGCGUCACAUACUUGCUCCCGGAGCACCAACAUCUGCUGUGAAUACUUGCCCUGCUUGUGGGAUCCUUUGUGCCACUUAACCUGCCUGGAAAGAACACAAGCUACUGGAUUCCCGGAUCGUCCCUAAGGGAAACGGAAGAGCAGGAAGCGGCCAGACUCUCGUCUUGCGUUCACUUAGAGCGUCGAUGCGGAACAGUGCUCGCGGAACUUGCCAACUUCCGCCGCCUCUGAAGUCAGUCUACAUCGCUCCCCAUUUCUUCGUCGGGAACUUCUUCUAAGGAAGCCUGGUGCCCGCUGUAACGAGAGGCUAAAUACCUACGCGCCAACUUUGCAUCGGCCUCGUCUUCAUGAUCAACACUCACCUCCAUCACCCUUUCAGGAGUGCAGCACGACGUGGGGAGGCAAGUCAUCCCGGUCCUUUGCUAUUUGUACGAAGAAGGCUGAUUGGCAGAAGUAUGAGUGCACUGGGGAUAGACAGCUUUGGAGUAGUGCUUACGACUGAAUAUGCAACGAGCUGGUGGGAUGAAAGAAGUUCCAAGCCUACCUGUGCAUAGGAGUGAUCUGAUCCGGGCGAGAGCCUGCUGCCAGAAGAUUGCCGCGCAUGGCUGACGUACCAGAGAGCUACGACAUGCUGUCAACAUCCACCCUGGGGCCGCUCGUGGCCAACGUGACGUCAGUGACGUUACGUGUGUCUAGAGACCAGUCAGUGUCGCGCACCUACAGCAACACCACGCCCACCUCUCAUCUCAACCUGACAACGGGUCAUGGCGAUUCCGAAGAAUUUGUGCCCUACGAGCAAAGGCUAGAGACGUACGUGGUGCCCACGCUUUUCGCUUUCAUAUUUCUCGUCGGGCUCCUUGGCAACGGAACACUGAUCCUCGUGUUCCUGCGAAACCGGACGAUGCGCAGUGUUCCUAACAUCUACAUCAUGAGCCUCUCUCUGGGCGACUUCAUCGUCAUCGCGGGCACUGUGCCGUUCAUCAGCACCAUCUACAUCCUUGACUCGUGGCCGUACGGGCUGUUUCUCUGCAAGCUCAGCGAAUUCCUUCGGGACGUGUCCAUUAGCGUCACUGUAUUGACGCUCACCGUGCUCAGCAUCGAUCGGUACGUGGCCAUCGCAAUGCCACUUCUCAACCACAAAGGUCGCCGACACACGAGACGAACAAUCACCAUCAUGCUCACCGUCGCGGUGUGGAUGAUCGCCGUCCUCUUGGCCAUACCGGGAGCCCACUUCUCGUUCGUGAUGGAAGUCGAGGCCACGCCCGAGCUGCGGUACAGCGUGUGUUACCCAUUCCCACCUGAGAUGUGGCCCUGGUACCCGAAGCUGAUGGUGCUCAUGAAGUUCCUAGUCCAGUACGCUAUCCCAUUGAUGAUCAUAGGCACCUUCUACUGCCUCAUGGCCCGCCAGCUUAUUCGCACGUCGCGCACCCACUUGACGCAGCCCGGCUGUGGUGGCGUGGCGCAGCUCAAGCAGAUGAAGGCGCGCGUCAAGGUGGCUAAGAUUGCCCUGGCUUUUGUCGUUCUCUUCGCCGUGUGCUUUUUCCCGAACCACGUGUUCAUGAUGUGGUACUAUUUUGCGCCGGACGCACCGUCACACUACAACAGCUUCUGGCACGUCUGGAAAAUCAUGGGCUACGUGAUGACGUUUGUCAACUCGUGCCUGAACCCCAUCGCCCUGUACCUGGUCAGCGGGGUGUUCCGCAACCAUUUCAAGCACUACCUCUUCUGCAGCCGGCGCGCAGCGAGCGGCGUUCACUCGCGCAACAAUUCCUAUUCCUUUCGCACCAUUCACAGCUCGAGCAUGUCCAAGUGCACGGCUUCCACCAAGAUUUGACAAAUGACCUGCCUCCGGCGGAGGGCAAAGGUCAAAUGCGAUGGCCAAAGCGGGCUUCCCGCAAGCGAUGAACCGGAGUUCCGGUCCGUAUCUGAGGGAACCUUUUAGUUCUGCCUGCAUUCGCCAGCUUCGGACAUUCCCAGGGCAUUCGCCUAAGACGUUUGGCUUCCUAGUGAUCCUUUUUCGCCACUUGCUUUUGGAAUGCUAGCACGGAAUGGAAGUUCCAGUAAAAGCACAAGCAUGUGCGGCAGUAUUCAGGCCACCGUUACCUGUAUUUGGCACCACUAGUCCCAUUGUAAAGGGGAGUGUGCGUCAGUUUAGUGGCUUUGGAGAAUGUGCUUUGAGAACUCUAAGUGGUGGGAAAUAUUCUUGUAGUGUUCUACUCAAGACUCGUCGAAAAAUGAUCGGUGUCGAGAGGUGCCAAAGGCACCCACUUCACGUUUAAACGGUAGCUAUAACUGCACGGUCCACGUUAGUUGGUAUGUGUAUCAGUGAAUUGUUGUGUGCUAUUACCAGUGAGAGUGAUCUUAUGAUUGCCAGUAUCUGCUGGCUUUCCCCAUUCGUCCAUUCCUGAAGCAGCUUAUGGGAACUUGUACGACAUUCUCUUGUACAUAGCGAUAAUCUCAAGCAGUCUUUGACUGAGUCUCAUAUUUAACGUGCGCACUUGGAUGUAACGUGAGAACGAUUGAUGGUAACCAUGGAUCUCUAGUUAUUUCAGGCAUGUCAUAUUCUAUCUUGAGCAAAUCAUGAAACGGAAUCUUUAUUUGUGGCUGAUACGUUUUCUAUUUGUGUCUACACGCUUGCUAUUGUUCACAAUUGCACUGGGACCAAUUUAUGCAGCAGUGUAUUUUUGAUGCUAUCUCGGCCGAAGAACACACUUUUUAUUAACGCACAAUAGGUUCUUAUCGAUACACUCAUAUGGUUCAAAGAAACUUCGUAUAGCUGUCGUUGUUCAUUGUAAAACCACUAAGACGAGCUGUGCAAGUGUAUUUAUGUUACCAGUGAUGCGUUGUUUUCUCAGAGAAAAUUAUAGAGCGAGUCUACUUAAGUGUAAUUUUGAAUUAUGAGAGUAUCCUCAUAUUCACCUUGACGACUGGGAAAUUUUCAUACCAUGUAUAGCGCGCUGUGAAAGGAUCAAUUUUUUUAGAACAGACUUGAAACGAACUUCGCAACGAGUUUCACAACGCGGCAAGUGCUCUAGCAAGGCGCCUGCGCCAACAUUAGCACGCACGCGCACGAACUCAAUAUACACAAUAAACACCCACACGCCGCUACGCGUAGCUCUUGUUAGUGCAAGUUUUUGACAUAUGAUUACGUAAAACAGAAAGAAAGCCAAUUCCGCCUUCAUGUAAUGAAAGUGUUUGAUAAAAAACAAAACACUCACACCCCUUUCAUAUAUUUCGCUCAAGUUAACAGAUCUGGUAGACAGCAUUAGAGCGCGUAAAUCUUUGGCGUUGUGCUAUGAAGAACAAUGCAAAAUCGCAUCAGCGUGACAAUUGCCCCGCAAAUUCGAAUUGCUUGAUGUGUACAUUUUGCGCACACUAAAGCCAAUUUGCAACGCGAGCUUUCUGAUCACUGGCCUGGCCGUUCUGAUGUUGUAUUAUAUAUAUAUAU